GCAGGCGGUACGCCAAACGGCGCAGAGAUAGUUAUCCCGCCAUUUAUUCUCAUGCUUGUCAUUAUGACUGGUCUUGGUGUACUCAUGAUAAAGGCACAAUUAAAACGAGACCGUUAUGCAGAAAGAAAACUAACUGAAGAUUACUUUACGCAGCCUAGUCUCCGGGAUCUAUCAGCAAGAUUCGGGGGUGCUGAGAUGGCGGGAGUUCAAGAGCUGAGAGAAGCAGCUAAAUAUGCUUUUUUGAGUAUGUCUGACAUCGACACGAUCCAUAGUAUGGAGAUGUUUUUCAACCGCCCUCUACCGCUGUGUCGUAUAGCCUUACCUGCUCUCCUUUCUCUUGCAUUCUGCCCACUUGUUCUUUACAUCUAUUCUCCUGUUGCUCGCUUCUUCUGGCCUCCGGGGGACUUUCCCGAGGGCGUACCCGACAUCAAUGACGCCAUCGCUUGCUUUCUCAUGCCUGCCGGUUUGGUUUAUGCAACAUCUUUUGGUUUUUCUUACCAAUCUGCGAUGGAGAAACAACGUUCACUCGUUAGCAUCGUCUCUGGAGAAGUCUCCAAACUCGACCAGAUUCUCGUUAUGACGUCACAUCUGACGUAUAUCACACUGAAGGAGAAGGCACUGAUCUAUCGGUAUGUGAAGGAUGAAGCAGUCACGAUAAUUCGUCAGAUUCAAGGUGUUUGUAAAGGAAGCACAGAAGAUUAUGAGGGCGCCCUCUGCAGUGGACAAAUCUGGAGGAUCGUUCCUAUCUUGAGGAAUUCUGGAGCAAGACAAAAGAAGUGGCAUUUGGACAGACAUAUUCUGGAUAGUUUAAUGGAUCACGUGGUUGGAUUAAACUCGGAUUCUUCAGAGCGAUAUGAAGUAAUGAUGACCCGGAUUCAUCCAUUGAAAUGGCUCUUUCUUGAAGCUCUCGGAUUCUUUGCUUUCUUCGGUGUUCUUCUUCUUGAUGCUGAAUCGUAUCGCAUGGAGCUUGCUAUGUGUAUAAUGACUGUAUUUAGUAUUACUAUCCUCUGUUUCGUGGUCGCUGAUCUCGACUCACCUUUCAAUGGAUUUUUCAGGGUGAAUCUUUCAGCUCUACCCGACAUCGUCGACAAAGCAAGCUUUUUCUACGAGCGUGCCAUCGAAGGCAAACACGUUGACGGUCCCGCUGAUCCCGGGUCAUUGACAGCUGAGAAUUCUAUUGAAUCGGCAAGAGAUGUAGGGAUGGUCAAGAAAACAAGCUCACAUAGUAUUAAUGAAGUAGUCCUCGAAUCUUACGAUCAUGACCAUGCUGUUUGAACGAUCGUUCUUUGACAUCUUCACU